AUGGAUAAAGAGACUGUACAGCCCAACUCAUGGGUCGCCGUGCGGCUCCCCAAUGAGAUGUACAAGGUGUUUCAAGUCGUGCCAAAUACCACCAUUUCCCUGGGCAAAUACGGCUCGUUCCCGACGAAUUUGAUCAUCAAUCGCCCUUUUCACUUUACGUACGAAGUCCAAGAUAGAGUCGAAGGCGAGACGUUCUCGCGACUCCGCGUUGUUCCGGCCAAGGAGCUCAACGCCGACGACUUGGCCGACGCCAACAAGGAAGCGACAGAGCCGGCCGAAGGCGACGAUGUUAUUGCCGCCGCAGACGGAGAGGAACUCACCCUUGUCGACGAGAGUGGCAAGGUCCUUAUUCGAUCGAACCGCGAGAUCAUCGACGACUCGGCGCGACAGACGCUCAAGCCCGAAGAGAUCGAGGAGCUCAAGCGCAAGGGCGCAUCGGCUGGAAAGGAGCUGAUCGCGAAGCUACUCCUCUCGCAUACGGCGAUUGACCAAAAGACGGCGUAUUCGUUGGCCAAGUAUAAGCUUCUCAAGACGAAAAAGUACAUCCGACGAUUUACUGUGCUGCCUCUCGACGUGCCGAUGCUGGCGCAGUGGUUAUUGGAGGAUCGCGAUGCUUCCAAGAUUCUAGAGAUGAGGCAGGAGAUGAUGGCGCUGGUGGGAUGCUGGGCAGACGUUCACUUUAGCGGCGCCGUACCAGAGGAUGCCAGCACGUCGCGGACUGGAAGAUGGUUAGUUGUCGACGACACUGGUGGCUUGCUUGUUGCUUCUCUGGCUGAGAGAAUGGAUAUUCUUUAUCCCAAGCCCGAACCAGAGACAACCGACGAUGCUGCUGCUACAGAUAAGAUGGAACAGAACCAGCCCCAGACUUCAGAAGCUGCCAACCCCACAGAGCAAAAGCCAGAGAGGAGGCGACACCCCAAACGAAGCGAUUUCAACGUUCCCUACGUCAACAAAAACACCCUCACCAUGAUCCACGGCCAGACCCAGCCUAACCUCGCUCUUCUUCGAUACUUCAACUAUGACGCCGCCAACGCCAACCCCUCACCUCCUUACCACCCACUCGACACCAACCUCAUGGACAUCUCCUGGCUACAGCUUUUAGCCCCCGAGGAAGACGACGCUUAUAACAACAAGCCCCCUGAGGCCACCCCCGAAGAGAUUGCUAGCUGGAAGACAAACCGAAGAGGAAACUACCACCGCAAGAGAAGAAGAUGGGCCCGUAUUCGCCAUGUUGUCGACACAACACGUGCCGGAGGCUUCUCGGGCCUUGCAGUCGCAAGCAGCAUGGACCCUAUCUCCAUCGUCCGCAGCACCGUACCCCUAUUAUCAGGCGGCGCCCCUAUCGCCAUCUACUCCCCCAGUAUCGAGCCCCUAACAGAACUCGCCGACUGCUUCAGCGUCGCCCGUCGAGCCGCAUGGGUAUCAUCGCCCCCGGCAGAGGUGGAGUCCAAGACAGCAGAGGAGCUCGAGCGCUGGGAGGGUUCUGAAGAGUUCCCCAUCAACCCCACGCUUCUUCUCGGUGUGACGAUCCAAAGCAGCAGGGCACGACGAUGGCAGGUUCUUCCCGGUCGAACACAUCCCUUUAUGACGGGACGGGGCGGUGCAGACGGGUUCUUGUUGACGGCAUGGAGGGCGGUGCCGGUGGAGGGCAAAAUUGAAGCAAGAGGCAGAUUCAAGCGAAGAAAGGUAGAAACAUCUUGA